GUUGUGAGUCUGGAGGAUGUCGUGCGAGCUUUUGUUGUGAAAUUUUGAUCUCCCGGCUCAUAUCCUUUAACUCAAACUUGGCACCGCGGUCGGAAGGGGUUUUCGUGGACGCCGGUAACUAGUGUCUUACCCUGUUCAUAGAUGUUUUCAGGGUCGUUUUAUGCGUUGUUAGCGGGGUUUCUGGGCGCCACUGCCUCCCUGUCUGCCAAGCUGUCGCUCGGUGCGAACUAUCUGAGAGAGAUGUGUGAGACGCGGCUGAGCGGCUGGAGUGAAACACCCGGUGGAAGUGCAGCCUGUGACUGGCUCCACAUCCCCCUGCGGCUCCUGUGCGGAGGCCUGCUGUUCGCCUGCAACGCAGUCAUGUGGACCUUCUUCUCCAAGGCCCUCCGGCAUUGCUCCUCUUCAGCCAGGGCCACCAUCACUACCACUGCAGCCAACUUCAUCUCCUCAGGACUGCUAGGGAGGCUCUUCUUUGGAGAGGCUCAUGCAACUCUGUGGUGGGUAGGCAUCUCCCUCACUCUGUGUGGGCUGCUGGUGCUUCAUGGUUCAACACCUCAGACACAGCCACGGGAAGAGGACAAGAAGGAGAAGUAAUGCAUGUUGGACUUGUUUGUUCAUGCAGCCUCUGUUCUCCAGUCACAGCCUCAGUCUUGAAACUGUGGACUCCAACGGGCAGCUCUGGGAAGUUUCUGACCUGCAGAACUGAUUUGAUUGUUGAGAUUAGAAGGUUUAGCGGUAAAUACACCUCUACAUAGUUUUUAAAUCCAUAUCUGCACCUCCUUGCAAAUGUGAGAGACGAAAAAAAGGCCUUUUUAAUGGAUUCUCACUUUGAAUUGUGAUGCUUUAAGACAACAAGGGGUUACCUGGGACUUACACAAAAUCAGAUAAUUACAGUUGUUGGUAAGGCUCACACUUUUUCGUAUCUAUAUUUCCCACAAUGUUGUGAUUACAUUUAUUAUUGUUACUGUUUUUUAUAAAAUGUCUACUGUAUUUACAAACCACACUGUGAUCCACUGUGCACUGCAAUAUUGAGGUUGCCUUGAGGCAACUUAUUUGGUGCUCUGUAAAGAAAAGUGAAUUGAAAUUAUAUUUUUAUUCUUGCCGAUCACAAGAGGGCACUCAAACACCACAUAGUUUAUGCAGAGAAAAACUUGCCAUCUCACAAUGAUGCUGAUUUUUUUGGCUAAAGAUUGAUCUGAGAAUGAGCCGUUUCAUUUGUUGCUGACUUAUGGGAUUUUUGGCACCACUUUGUGGUAUUUUUAAUAGCACUUUAGAAGACUGAACGCCCAAAACAUCAAGAAAGAAAACAAAGUUCUGUCCACUUGCAUCACCUGCAUGUAUUAAACUAGACUAGUUUGCAGUUUCUUGCUGUUAAAACUUUGUCCCUGAACAGGCUACUUAAAAACAGUAAAGGGAGAUGGCUGUCACAGGUUAGUACAAUGAUCAGCUGCAGUGGCAUAAUG